AUGGCAGCCAACGCCUCCGCCCAUUCCAAUCUCGUAACACUACACACAAACCUCCACACUCUCCUCAUCAAACUAUCCCUCUCCCUCCACCUCACCUCUCCCUCUCCACUUCCCCAACUCGCCACCACGCCCUCCAACCGUUUCUCCACCCAGCGUUUCCCACCCCUCAAUGACCAACACAACUACAACCACACCUACAAAAACAAUCCCCUCGAAGUCCUCUACACCCUCUCUCCCCCAUCCUUCCACUACCUCCCGCGGAGCACACUCCUCCCCCCUCAAAUCCUACGCAAAGGCUUUAUCGAAACCCCCGAAAACAAUCCCCCGCUCCUCGAAGGCACACGCAUGCAAAUCAUGGUUAUACCGCGCGGCGUACGAAAAAUCGUGGUGCAUUUUCUGGUGUACGAUCCCGUGCUCAAGGAAACGAAAGAACAUCCGAAGAUUUCCCCGCUCCCUUCUACAGUUGAGAAAGCGGCUCCUAAGAAACUGCGCAAGAAAGCAAGUAGGGUUUUGAAUCCCCAGGAGAAGAUUAGAGAUUUUCCGACGAAAAGGAGGUCGACGAGUCGGUUUGCGUAUGCGGAGAUGGAUGCGAAUGGAAACGUGGGUGGGAGUCUGAGUGUGAAUCAGAAUCAUAAUUUUGACGGGAUGGAAAUUGAAGUUAUGGGAAAGAGACAUGUGUCGGAAAUGAAUGUGGAGAGGGAAGAGGAUAGAGAGGGGGAAUAUGUGGUGAUGAGACGGGUUGUGAAGUUACCGAGGAGGGUUUGGUGUGGGAGAAAUUGUAAGGAUCAAUUCGAACAGCUGUUUAUUAGGAGGACCUGA